GCAGGAGGGUGUUUUUGCGGCGGCGGUGUGCGAUGAAGAGGAGAUGCUGGAAGUUCGCUCCCUUUCUGGCGAGACCUGGGAGCUUGCACCCGCUGCUUUCGAGGCGCUGGUGGCUGAGCAUGGAAACUCUGCAAGAACUCUGAAGAGGCAUCUGCAGGGACUCGUGGGUAUUCCGCGAUUCAGGCAGCGUUUGCUGCAGGAGGCCCGGGUAGUGGAAGAUACCGAACAGCUGGCACUUCCCAUGUCGCUGCAGCUUGUGAUCCUUCCCUUCGUGCAACUUCAGGACAGCGAAUGCAACGAUGUGGCACAGGCCCUUGCGCAACAGGACCAGGACAAGCUGGAACUGCUCCUUCAGAGGCCCGUGGAUCCCAACACCCACGCCAGGGACGGCACGUCGCCGUUGCACCGUGCCAUGGACGGCCGGUAUUGGGAGACUGUGCGCCUGUUGGUGGAGGCCGGGGUGGAUGUGGACGAGACGUGCAGGAGUACGGGGCUGACCCCUUUGGGCAACCGAGCUGCGAACGGCCGACAGGGUGUAGGCAAGGCAUUCUCCGAGCGUCAUCUGGACAUGGCCUGCUUUUUGCUGGACUGCCGGGCCCAGGUGGACAAGGCAUCCGCGGAAGGCUACCGUGACAGCGUGCAGUUGCUGGUGGCCAGCCGGGCGGCCUUAGAUGUGACCCGGGAUCGGGACGGCUCCACUCCGUUGCUCCGUGCCACCGAACGGGGGCAUGUGAAGGUUGUGGAGCUGCUGAUUGGAGCCCGGGCCAACCUGGACAUUGCACGGACAGAUGAUGGGAAGACGCCUCUCAUUCGGGCCCUGGACUGUGAGAAUUCUGAGAUUAUACGGCUUCUGAUCGAAGCCAGGUCUGACUUAGAGAAGGAGAGUGCCAAAAACGGGACAACGCCGCUGCUGCGAGCAUGCGAACGGGGCCGUGCGAAUCUGGUUCGACGGCUGCUGGAUGCGAGAGCCGCAGCAGACCGAUGCCACAGCAAGACUGGUUGGACGCCUCUGCAAACCUGUGUCACUCAUCGACAGAUCGAUAUUGCACGCAUGUUGCUGGAGGCUCGUGCCGACUUGAACAAAGAAAGCACGACCGACGGCCGAACGCCUCUCCUUCGUGCGGUGGAACAUGGCAUUGCUGACAUGGUGCAGUUUCUGGUAGAAGCCAAGGCAGAUGUGCAACAAGCGCACGACGGCCGGGCACCGCUCUCCCGCGCCUCGGCUCGGGGUGACUUGACGAUGGUAAGACAGCUGGUCCUUGGUCGAGCAGACCUCGAUGCCGUGGCUGUAGCCCAGGGCACCACACCUCUCUUGGAAGCAGUGGAAAGUGGCCACCUUCGGACUGUGCAGUUUCUGAUCGAGUCCCGAGCUGAUUUGGAGAAGCCCGGCCACAAUGACACGGCACCGCUUCUCCGCGCAUGCGAACUGCGAAAGUACGCCUUGGUCUCCUUGCUGCUGGAGCAGAGGGCAGAUGUCAACAAGAAGCGGGGAGUGGAUGGCGAAACGGCCACGAGCAGGGCGCUGGCAUGUGGCUACUCUGAAAUCGUACGUGCACUGGCAGAGGUCCAGGCACAUGCAAAGGGAGCCUGCUGGGAAGGACAAUUGAAAAUGCUUUGCUUUGCGCAGCGAAGCCGCUGGUAG